AUGGAGCAAAUUAGCGGUCUCCUCGCCACAGGGGAAGAAGUCCUCGAUGUCGAAGAAGAGUCAUUUGUCCUCUUCGCGCAAGACAUCCCAACCAACAAUCUGGGCAUGAUCGAUUCCCGCGCACAGUCCGUGGAAGUAUCAAUCCAUGGCAAUGAAUACACCAUCAAUCAAUCACCUGCUCUCCUCUCUGGUCACAGAGCUGGGGGUACUACAGGCGCCGUCCUCUGGAAAAUCACCCCUCUCUUCUCAGAAUGGAUAACCUCCCCAACAAACCCUCUCUGGACAACAUCCUUCCUAAACAGCUCUUCAACAAUAGUUGAACUAGGCACCGGCAUCUCAGCCCUAUUAGCCCUGACCCUAUCCCCCUCAGUCCAACACUACAUCGCCACAGACCAGGAAUACGUCCAGCGGUUAUUCCGCACGAACCUGGAAGCCAAUGCCUCCAUCCCGUCCUCCGCCGGGGCAGGGACAGGCAGAGGCAGCAGCAAAAGCAAAAGUGGCAAAGGAAAAGGCAGCAAGAUUUCCAAAUCGAAAACCGUGACAGUUGGAAACCCGUCCAACAUCAGCUUCACAACUCUAGACUGGGAAACCGAUCAACCUGGUUCAUUGAAGCAAGAAUGCAUGCCAUCGGAAACAUCCCAUCCUAACCAAGAUAUCCAAGGCGGGGACGCAGAUGAGGAAGAGGCAGAAGAUCGUGGCUUCGACGUCCUCCUCUCGUGUGAUUGCAUCUACAACGAAGCCCUCGUCUCACCAUUCGUGCGCACAUGCGCUGAAAUCUGUCGACUGCGUCCGGUGUAUGAUCCUACGGAGCAGAAACAGGGACAGCGUCGACCGACGAUAUGUAUUAUUGCGCAGCAGCAGAGGUCGCCGGAUGUUUUUGAGACUUGGUUGAGGGAGACUUUGCGGGAGUUUAGGGUUUGGAGGCUCUCGGACGAUAUUCUCGGGGAGGGUUUGAAGAGCGGAACUGGGUAUUUGGUUCAUUUGCUGUUGGUCAGAUGA